GCCACUGCAGGGUUUGAGCCAAGCCACAACCAACAUGGCGUCCUGUAGAAGACACCCCUCCCACCUUCACGUGGUACACGCUGUCACGGUGCCGCCUCCUUCUCUGAACGCGAGCUAAUUCCGCAAAGCGGGAAGACGGCGAAUGAUGUUCUGGCGGCUCAGCCUCUUUCUCCUUGCGCCAUCAUAGCUGCUGCGCCACUGAUCGUGGAGGGUGGAGCUGAAACACUCGCUAGGACACUUCGGUUCCGAGCUCCUCCUCCUUCCGCGCGGCCUGGCUCUGUUUACAUGGGGACGACUUCCCAAUUCCCUGCCUCUUUGCUCUGAACAUUCACCGUGCUGCUUGUUACAACUGAACCCCACGUUGUAGCCCUAAGGGGCGUCUCUGGCAGCUCCUCCUCGGUUGUUACGUCACUGUCGCUCCGCGCUGGGCCGCACCUGUUGCCAUAGACACCGCGGCCUGUGUGAGCCCCGUGCUGGCGGUGCGCGGGCGGGGACAUGUUAAGCAUGCAGCGGAGAGUUCAGGAAGACGCGGAGGCACCCCGUUCCAGCCAGUGCAGUGAAGUGCGGCUCCCGGGGCCCCGGCCUUUGCGCUUAUUAGAAUGGAAAGUAUCUGUGGGUGUGUCAGUACAAAUCGGUUCUGUGCUAGCAGUGGGCAUCGCUUUGCCCGGGGCCGAAGCCAGAGAUCAACGCGGACAGCAGGAAGAAGCGGGGAGGCCGCACAGACCACCGGAGAGAAAAAUCAAAUCAGACCGGGCCGGUGUAGUGCUGGAGCUAUGUCUGCAGCCGGGGCAAGUCAUCCCUGCCGGAGGCGUUUUGGUAAGGCUAUCGAGCUGCGACCACCCUGUGGUUAUGAAGGGUUUAUGUGCAGAAUGUGGCCAGGACUUGACACAGUUGCAAAACAAGAAUGGAAAGCAGCAGGUGCCGUUAUCAACAGCUACUGUUUCUAUGGUACACAGUGUCCCUGAACUCAUGGUUAGCUCAGAGCAAGCAGAGCAACUAGGACGCGAAGACCAAAACAGAUUACAUCGAAACCACAAGCUUGUCCUUAUGGUUGAUUUAGAUCAGACAUUAAUCCAUACUACAGAACAGCACUGUCAACAUAUGUCCCGGAAGGGCAUCCUUCACUUUCAGUUAGGCAGAGGAGAGCCCAUGCUGCACACACGUCUACGGCCGCAUUGCAAAGAAUUUCUAGAGAAGAUUGCCAAGCUCUACGAGCUGCACGUCUUCACUUUUGGAAGCCGCCUGUAUGCACACACAAUCGCUGGCUUUUUAGACCCCGAGAAGAAACUUUUCUCUCACAGGAUAUUAUCUCGAGAUGAAUGUAUUGAUCCAUUUUCAAAAACAGGAAAUCUUCGAAAUCUUUUUCCAUGUGGGGAUUCUAUGGUUUGCAUUAUUGAUGAUCGAGAAGAUGUUUGGAAAUUUGCUCCCAAUUUGAUUACUGUCAAAAAGUAUGUCUACUUUCAAGGCACUGGAGAUAUCAAUGCCCCUCCUGGUUCAAGGGAAGCACAGAUUAAAAAACAAGUACGUUCUUCCAAAGCAACUGAAGUAGCAAGUAAGCCUGAUGGUACUACACAGGCUGGUAUUCCAUCAGAUGGGGUCCCCGGUGAGGAGCAGAGCAAUGGCUUUGGAAAGUCCAAAAAAGAGCUAAAUGGUGGAUGCGUUACAAGCAGUGAUCAUUGUAAAAAGGAGGCCGAAUCGAGUGAUGGAUUACAUGAACCGGGUGCACCGGCUGUCACAAACAGCCAGGACGUGCCACAGCCUUCUUUAGAGCAGGAUGAGAGGACAGUGGUAGCUAAAUCUCUGACCAAAACCGGGGCAGCAAAAGACCUGGACUUUGACUUGUCCAGUGACAGUGAUAGUGAAUCAGAACUUCAAAAACCCUCAUCCCCUUCAUCUUCAGCUUCUGGUAGUGAAACUGAUUGUAGAAGAAGCUGGAGGAAGUCCAAAAAGCCUGAUCAGGAGUCUGUUCCCUCUCAAGAAUCUUGUACAGAAAGCAGUUCCAGCAAACCAUUGUCUGAGAAUCACUCUGAGAGGUUGCAAGGAUCUGAAACAAAAGAAAAAUCUGAAGCAGGAGAUGAUGAGAUGGAAGUACAGAAUGUAGAGCAGGAUAGCCUUUGUGAUUUAGGGAACGGCUGCAUUGAAAAGAAGGAAGUGGAAACGGAGUCGCAAAAUAGUGAACAAUCUGGUAUUACUGUGGGAGAGUCUCUUGACCAAAGCAUGGAAGAUGAUGAUGAUGAUGACAGUGAUGACACAGAUGAAGAUGACCAUUUAAUAUACCUAGAGGAGAUCCUCGUUAGAGUACACACAGAUUACUAUGCAAAGUAUGAUCUGUAUUUGAAGAAGGAGAUGGAAGAGAUUCCUGACAUCCGUAAAAUAGUGCCCGAGCUGAAGGGUAAAGUUCUGGAAAAUGUUGUUAUUGCUUUCAGUGGCCUUCACCCAACAAACUUUCCUGUAGAGAGAACACGAGAAUAUUACCAUGCCAGGGCACUGGGAGCGAAAAUCAGCAGAAAACUUGUCUUAAAUGGUGAUGAUCCCAACAAAGUGACCCACCUUAUUGCAGCCAAGUCAGGGACAGAAAAGGUGAGACAAGCUCAGAACUGUAAACACCUUCACGUUGUCAAUCCGGACUGGCUUUGGAGUUGUCUGGAAAGGUGGGAAAAGGUUGAAGAGCAACUGUUUCCAUUGAAGGACGAUUACUUGAAAUCUCAAGGAACAAUUAGUCCCACCACCUUUCCCGAUCUACAAGCUGCGUUUCAGACUCCACUCUUCCACCCUACACCGAUCCACCCGAAGACUCAGCCUGGUCCGGAAGUUCGUCUCUAUGACUCUGUAACUGGGAAACUUAUUCGAAAAGGUUCGGAGAGUCCCGGUCAGUCACCGUACAUGCAAGCACCUUGUCCACCACUGAGUUUACCGGUUCACAGAGAGCAUUCCUCCUUCAGAGUUGUUCAGCCGCAGGAAGGGCAGCUGUAUGAAGAAGAAGAUGAAGAAGAAGAGCUGCCCACUGAAGGUGCCCAAGCAGAAGAAGAGACGCCCGGCCCGAUGAAGAGAAAGCGACAACCAAGCAUGUCAGAGACCAUGCCUCUAUACACUCUUUGCAAAGAGGAUUUGGAGAGCAUGGACAAAGAAGUCGAUGACAUUUUAGGGGAAGGGAGUGAUGACAGCGAUGGUGAAAACAAGAAGAAGCCUGUAAAAGAGAAGAAACAGCAGAGCACAGCACAAGAGAAUGUAGCCAAGAACCCCGAAGAAAGGACAGAGUCCUCGUCGUCGAGUGAACAGAGCCUGUCUGGCAGCGCGACCCGAGGUCAGAAGAGAAAACUGGAUGAGGAGGAAGAUGCCAGCGACUCUAGCAAUGAGGAUGAGGAGGGAAGCAGCUCUGAGGCUGAUGAAAUGGCAGCAGCAAUUGAAGCAGAGCUAAGCGAUUUCAUGUAAUACUCAAACCACUAGAGGACAAAUUAAUCCUUCAUGAACAUGCAGACAAAACUGAACUCUUGCCACUUUGAGUGUAUAAUCUCACUUUCCUUUUCUGUAUUUUAUUUGUUUUCUUCAGAAACAUAUAUGUAUAUUUGGUGGAUUUAACUUGUUUUUACACAUUUUGAGUUAGUCUUUUUAAAUAAGCGUUACACAUUUGAUUAUUUCUUUUUUCUAUCGGUUUGGUUCAGUUGUGAUUUUUAAGAAAUGGAGAAAAAAAGUAUUAGUUGGAAAUUAUCCCAUGCCAAAGACAUGUUUAUGCUCUUUUUCUGAGUAUCGUAUAAUAGGAAAGUCUGUUUUUAUUUUUUUUUUAUUAUUAUUAUUUUGGCUUUUGUUUUUUGCACUCAGUGGUUGGAGGUUUCCUGUCCAUCCCCGGGCAGAAGCUUAUGUAAGAAAUCCAAUAAUUGCGUGCUUUCCACAUUUAUCAGACACAAGACGUUUUUAAAAGAAAAAUAUAUUUGUAUAGAUGCAGUGAAUGUUAUACGACACAUUGGAAACUUGCUUCUAACAGACAACGACUUAAAUGUUUUUUACGUGUUCAGUUGUGUGCUAGUUUGGUUUAGAAAAGCUGUGUGUACAUUUUUAACCUUGCCUCUGUCAGCUCGUGUUGUAGCUCAGUGUUCUGUACUGCCACAGGGAGCUUUCUUAAUUUACUGUGUUCUAGACAGAGAAUAUCUUCAUAUAGGAUUUUAUUCAAUUAAGAGGACUAAUGUAAAGUUUUUGUAUAUUCUAUUUCAUAUUUGACCGGCAAAAAAGAUUUUCUUUUCAAUUAAUAAAACAAAUUCAUUUUUGUAGA